UAUAAAACUCGCAAAAACAGCCUGCCAAUAUUCCGAUCGCUAAAAAUGUCGCGAAACAGCAGAAAACGUUUUCUCCCCGGAUUCUUAAGGUGUCCCUCCCGCAUAGCCUUCUAUCCUGUCUCAGACGAUCGGUCGGGACUGGAGGGAUCCGUCAGCCAAUGAAAAGGCGCCGGGGUGGCUGGCGGAUGGGGCGGAUGGCAAAGAACGAGCUAUGGCGACUCGAGGCGUUCGUCCACAGCGGGAGAAUGGACGAAGUCAGACAGACCUGUUAAUCAUCCCCGUGUUACUGUUGUUCCUCCCAGGCAUGACGGGUGCAUCAUGCUGUUACCUUGCGAAGAAUAACUUAAUGUGUCAUGAUGUUUGUGAACUGAUUUUGGCAUCUAAGAGCGAUUCUCAUUUGAAACACCUGUUGCAACGUGCUCCUGAAUAUUGUCCAGAAUCAAUGUGGCUUUCAGAUCGCAAUCAGCAACACAGUGGAGUGGCGGAUAACCGAGCAGCUGAUUUUCGGCGAUUCGAGCCGCAAGUGACGAGGGCUGUUCGGAGGCUUCCCUUUGGCUUCAUCGACACAAGGCUUCCCUCCAAUUGUUUCCCGGCGGAGGCGACGCACAGAAACAGCAAGUGUAUUGAGGUCUCUACUGUUAAAGGCCAUUACCAAUGUCAACCUCACUUCGGUGCAGGAGGAGAAGCCUUCUACCUCCAGCCAGGAGGCUAACCCUCUGUUUGUGGAGAAGGUGGUGGAGGACAACCAGAUUCCUUGUCCACAGGUUUUCCGUACCUCAGUGGAGAAGCAGUGGGCUUCACUUGCAACUCCGCCUUCCUCUAACAGUUCAGAGAAGAAACUGUUUAAAGUUUCUCCUUCAUUUGCCUCUCUCUUGGAGGUACCUACUGUAGAUACAUCCUUGACUUCUUUAUUCUCCACGUCUGCUAUUCCAGGGGACAUGGCGGAGGCCCUGAAGGCAGAGGACAAGAAGUUUGAACUCUCUCUCCGCUGAGCGCACCUGGCUUUGGCCUGGGCAAUCAAAGCUGCAACUUCAUCCUCUUUCUUCGCCAGGGCUUCGAUCAUGUGUCUUUGGGAGCUGCAAGCAAUCGUUCCACCGGAUCAGGUUCGAACACACCAGACCCUGGGAAAGCUAGUGCCAGCGUCAGAGUAUGUGGCAGAUGCUUCUCUGCAUUCCACCAGGUACUCUGCCAGGUCCAUUGCGGCCACGGUUGCCUCGUAGGCUUCUUUGGUUGAAACAGUGGAAAACUGAUUUGAAAUCAAAGUGGUGCUUGUCCACAUCCAAAUAUAAUGGUACACAGUUAUUUGGAUCGAUCCUGGAACCUCACAUUAUUGAGGGCAAGGGUAAAUGCAAGAUACUGGUUCAUCCUUCCAAGCGAUCAGAUAGGUGGCCCCAGCAAGAGUUUCGUAGGCAGGCCUUCCAUCCCAGUAGUUCCUGGGAGUGGAGACAUCCCUUUCGGGUGGGGCAGUCCUGAGAUUGGUCAAGAGACUCGUGAUCUUUCCCUUCCGGGUAGGAUCGUCCGCAAGAUUGCCAGAACAUGGGAGCCAAAGGCCAGUUUCAAUCUAAGCGCCCCUUCAGGAGAUCAGGCAGUCGCCCGUAUAGGUGAUCCAAGUGAUGCCAGGGAGGGCUCUCCCAUCGGGGAUCAUCUGGAGUGGUUCAGCGACAUCUGGGAAAGGACCACCUCCGACUCUUGGGUACGGGAGACCAUCAAGUACGGUCUCACCCUGGAGUUUUACUAUCACCCCCCCAAACUGCUUUAUAAGGUGCCCAAUAUCAAGAAAUGCAACCAAGGCAAACUUGGUAGCCACGGCCAUCUCCCAUCUGGAAGAAAUUCAAGCCAUAGAACCUGUACCAAGGGGUCAGGAAGGAAAGGGGUUCUACUCCAUUCUGUUUGUGGUUACCAAGACCUCAGGAGGAUGGAGGGCGAUACUGGACUUAAAGGGUCUGAAUCAUUUCUUGACGUACAGAAGAUUCAAGAUGCAGACCCUAAGGUCCAUACUCGCCAGUAUCAGAAAAGGGGAUUUCCUCUCAUCCAUAGACCUCACAGAGGUGUACCUGCAUAUCCCCAUACAUCCGGAACAUCGCAAGUUCCUCAGGUUCUGCUACGCACACCAGCAUUACCAAUGCAGAGCACUUCCCUUUGGUCUAUCCUUAGCUCCAAGGGUCUUCACAAAGGUCUUGGCAGUCUUGGCAACUCACCUCAGGCUGUUACCAGUGCGGGUGCAGUGCUAUCUAGACGACAUUCUAGUCCAGUCCAGUUCCUUUCAGUCGGCCCAAUCAGAUCUACAGAUCACGAUACACACUCUUCAGAGGCAUGGGUUCUCAGUGAACUUCAAAAAGAGCCACACUAUCUCCACCAAACGACUUCUGCACCUUGGGGUAGUCAUAGACUCGGAUCUGUGCAAGGUGUAUCUUUCCCAGGAGCGUCGGGUCAGCAUCUGAAAGCUGAUACAUCAGAUUCAGAGAGACAAAACAGUACCCCUGGCACAGUUGUCAAAACUCCUGGGAAAGAUGGUAUCUUGCAUGAGCAUAGUUCCAUGGGGCAGACUCCAUUCACGACUCCUACAAUGGUUCCUCCUUCCCUUUCAGAAACAGAAUCUCAGUGCAUCCAACAGGAGGGUCAGAGUUCCCCACCACACCUUGUUAUCACUCCUAUGGUGGACCUCUUCCGCGAAGACCAAGGGAACCAUUUUCAAGGAGCCCCUCAGGAUCACCCUAACCACAGACGCCAGUCUAUUCAGUUGGGGUGCUCAUCUUCAAACUCAUCUGGCCCAGGGGCAGUGGUCCUGAUCGGACCAAGCCCAAAAUAUAAAUUGGCUCGAACUAAGGGCCAUACACCUAGCACUACUACAGUUCUCCUCCCUAGUGAAGGGACAACACGUCCUCAUCCUGAUGGACAAUGUGGCAGCCAAAGCCCACGUCAACAAACAGGGAGGGACCCGAUCCUGGGUGCUGAUGCAGGAGGCCUUGGAUAUGGGCCUUUGGGCAGAGUCCAACUUGAGGUCCAUCAGGGCAGAACACAUUUUGGGGUAGGCAAAUCAACAAGCAGAUUCCCUGAUUAGGGCCACAGUGGACCACUCAGAAUGGUGACUGGAUCUGGCUCUGUUCAGGGACAUAUCAAUGAGGUUUGGGCGCCCUCAUCUGGAUCUGUUUGCCUCCCCGUCGAACACUCAACUUCCCAGGUUCUUUUCCAGGUUCCCGACACGGAGAGCGGAGGGAACGGACACCCUCCGAUGCCAGUGGCCGGUGAACCUGCUCUAUGCCUUCCCUCCCCUUCCGUUGUUAACGGCAACUAUCUGCAAGCUGAUCCAGAAAAGAGUGGAGGUCAUCUUGAUUGCUCUACAUUGGCCAAGCUGUCCGUGGUUUGCCGACCUUGUGGAUCUCUCAAUUUCACCACCAUGGAGGAUUCCCCCGGACCGAGUGGCUCUCAGUCAGGGGAAUCCUGACCCUCAGUGGCUCCAGCUGGCCGCCUGACACUUGAGUGGGAAGCUCUAACUAAACAAUCCUAUUUGUACGGGGUGAUCUCGUUGUUCUCCAGCAUGAUAGAUGUAGCAUCCACCGAUGGGUAAUCAAAGCCUUCCUGCUCAGAUUUAGACUAAGACCAAACUUUAGCCACAUCUCCUUUGGGCUUUCCUUUCCCAGUUUUGUCUUAGUCUAUGCUCAGAUAGGACACAGAUUUGCUAGCUCCUCAUUUUUUUUCUAAUUUAAGUAGUUAAAAUUAGGUUAGAUAGUAGAAAUUCUAGUAGUUUUAGCUGAUUAAUAAUCUUUAAAUAGUUUUAGCAAAAGUCAAGGAGUUAAAAACCCUUGUGAGCGUUGUUUCCAGAGAGCCUAUCUGGCCACAUGGAUCCUAGGAGCUCUGCUGCAGAGCCGCAGCGUUAGCUCUUAUCAUCUGUUGAGCGCAACGAGGGAGGCUUCCCUAGCGCCCGGGAGCGAUUUUAUUGCCAGCGCUCUGGAGGAUUCAGCCAGAGAGCCGGAUUGCCUCUCUUGCCUCGUGAUCACGAGGCACCAUUGAGGAUCGCAC